AUGCGACGCCUCGACUUUGCUUCCGGCUGCCAAAACACCCAAGCCGAGACCAAAGACGCCGGUGCCGCAGCGUCGACACGCAUCAGGCCGUCCAAGCCGUCCAAGCCGUCGAGAUCGUCAAUUGCAUCUGCUCCCGCAGGCACGCCCACGCCCGCCCCCUCUACCCGCAACACAGCGACGACGACUCGCCGGAUUGUCUCUGCCCCUUCCCCUUCCUCGCCAUCACCCCGCCAGACUCCGACGCCGAAGCCCCGAGUGGCCGCUACAGUGUCGCCUACAGUGGCGCCAAGAGGGGUCCCGACGCAGCCGCACCUGCCAUUGCUGUCACGCCACAGUGCCCGGCAAAUGCCCAGGCUCCCCACUCCUGGGCUGGCCGCUAACACCACCAAUUCCUCCACCACGCCGGCGCCAGCUGUUGCUGCUGUCAUCGCUGCUACUGCCGAUGCGUCCCGCGCGUCGUUGCGUUCGUCCUCUCAACACCACAAGCAACAUGUCAUUUCGCUAGCCGUGAAGACGCGCUCCCCUCCAGCGAGCCUUACUAAAAUGCCUCCCGGCGAAAGGCCCCGACAGCCCCAGCUGAGUGCUGCUGCGGCAAGAUCUAUUAACCGAACCCCCCUGACUCCCAAGAUUGCCGCCAAGAGACCUCCUGUGACCCCUCUGGCAAGACGGCCUCACUCCUCGACUCCGACGCUUGCCGGUUCUCAGAACCCGCGAGACGAUGUUUCUACUCCCGUAGCUGCCUUUCUGGCUCAUAAUAUUACCCCGCGCUCGGGUCCUAGGCAAAACCGCGUCGAUAGUGCUAAUUCCACCCCGAACGGUACCCCCAACCCCGAGAGAACGAGCGACAGUCUUGAAAACAAUAACAACAGCAGCAACAACGCCAGCAGGCUUGGCCUGGGCAUAUCUCCGCCUGCAAAUGACCUACAUAGACAGGCGGCAUCUCAGCUGGAUCUUCCCAGUGACUCCAACGACUCCAGCAAGUUCUUCUAUGCCAGCGACGCAAGAUCCAUCCAACAGGCAGGCUUGCAGAGACCGGGAUCGGUUUCUCAGAAGUCUGCCAACACCUUCUUCUAUGCCAAUGGGACAACGGCCGAUGGAGGCCGCAGCAUUAGCCCGCCCUCUAAUGCUACAUCAAUUUCUCUCGCGAGCCCAAAUCCUGAAUCUGCAGCAACUAAAUUUUUCUACGCCAACGGAACCCCUGACAUGCCCCCGAGGCCUGGUAAACUCCAGUCCACUUCGGAAUCCAUUGUAUCUUCGAACUCUCGAAUAGCUACCUCACGACCACCUACUAGCAAUCCCAAUGCUGCAUUUAGCGUUCCGCCGACUCAGCGACCAGCGUCACCAAUCAAGGCAGCAUCAACUCCUAUGACACAAACCUUGAGAAACAAUGUCGCCUCGCCACCAUCUCCGAAACGGACCUCCCUUGUAUCAUCCCCUCCGUCAUUACCGCAGCAAACAUCCUCCGCUUCUCGAAGAAGAGUAAGCAUAGACACUGCGCCGAAGGAGAUGGGCGGGCACAGGAGAACAGGAAGUGUUCCUGGUUUUGAGCCACGGACAGUUCCUCGGUUCAACUUGUCACCGAAUCCCUCUGAGACAGCUUCGGUGUCCCCACCGUUGAGCCCGGGCUUCUCGCAGCCUGCCAUGACAAUGGCCUCUAUUUUGCAGGUCGCCGAUGAGCUGCAAGACGACACCGAAUCAAUAGAGGGGGAUGCCCAAUCUGAUGUGCCCCCUCCGGUACCCCAGAGCCCUACGAAAUCUGCACAUUUUGGUGAUUCUGUCAGCGAACUAGUAGCCAAUGCACGCCGAGAACGCAAGGUCCAAGACCUAGAGAUUACCAACGCAUCGCUAGAGGCUAUCAACAGGACACUAGAGCGGCAGCUUCGCAAACAAACCGCCGAACUGCGGCGCUAUCGCCGUCUUUCUAGAUCAGGAGCCCUGUCAGCAGCAUCUAGCCGAGUGACUUCUCUCGCUCUAACCGAGCCACCUACAGAUAUGUCUGACGUGGAAGAAGAGGAUGAGACGGAGUUGGAAGAGGAUAUGGAUUCGGUUGACGACUCCGAUCUGUCGAGCAAUGAAACCAUGAGCACAGAAGACAUCAUGUUGUCAAGUUCGAAGCUGGAUGCUCGACGAAGACGGGAUGAGAGGCGGCUUCACCUAGACCUCACCAAACACCAAGAACUGCUCAUUGACAGCCAGAGGAUGAACCAAAGUCUAAAACGGUGCCUCGACUUUACCGAGGCUCUGAUUAAAGAGGGGCAAAAGGCGCUCCAAUAUAACGUGCGAGUGUCUGAUAUUCAGCUUGGCGGACGGGUGUUGGCACCAUCCGAUGACUAUGAGGAUGAGGUCUCAUACCAGGAAGAAGACACGAUACAGAGUGAUGGCCACGGCCUGGAACCGCCUUGGCCAAAAGCUGCUCAGGAUCGGGACAGCGGGAUAGAGUUGCCAACAGACGGGGGCUAA